AUGGCUCUCCGUUUCCGCACGCCUCACAUCGAGGAGCUGCCGACUGCGCAGACGCGGCAGGCUCCUGGCUUCGCGUGGGUGGCCGUGUCCGGUCCCACCGAUGAUCCGGCAAAGAAUUGGGGCACAACCAACCGCAAGCGCGCGCGAACCGCAGGCCUGGGACAGACCGAUAGCCAGAAGGAGGCGCUCAGUGCGCGACAGCAGAGGGAAAUCGAACGCAAGAUCCGCGAGCUGAACAGCGACGCUGCCAGGGGCGAUGUGGUGGCCAUUCCUGCGCAGAAGAGGGAACAUGGCGGCGGUGGCGUAGGCGCACCAGUAAGAGCUGGUAAGACACCCAACACAAAGAAGAUCCUCGCCAGCGGCAAGACUUUUGCACACUACCUGGACGAUGAAGAGGCGGAGAUUGCCCGGACAGGGCGGAGAGAGGGUGAAGGCGAGCCCAUGCCCGCCCCACCACAGCGAGCGAGCAAGACACCCUUGGCACGAAGGAAACCGCAGCGAGAAGACAGCAGCAUGAGCGGGAGUCCCGCUCCGUCUGCAACAGCUCCACCAGUACAGCGGCAGCAAAUACCUCCCUUGGUGGACGCCAUUGACUUUGAUGAAGAUAUGGAAGAUGGAGAUCGGUCUAUUGCGCCGCUGCCUAGUCAGGCUGAACUUGAGGCACUGCUCAAUGCUCCACCUCUGACUUACAACCAGGCACGCUCAGCUCCUCCGGCAGCAGGCGCACCGCCUCCUCGCCAGUUCUGUGAAAUCUGCGGCUACUGGGGCCGAGUCAAGUGCAUGAAAUGCGGCAACAUGGUCUGUUCCGUGAUUUGCAAGGAUUCUCACGAUGAGAACAAAUGCCUAAAGUUCUAUGCCUGA